AUGGCUACCGGGAAAAAUGAAAAAUCUUAUGAAAACUGCUGUCGUACUUGUAUGAAUGAGGAUUCAACUAUGUUCGAUAUUUUCAUGAAUACAUUAAAUUCCACAAAUUUAGCGGAUAUUUUAAUGUCGUGUACAAGAUUAAAUGUGGAGAAAGAAGAUGCUUUGCCAAAAAAGAUGUGCAAAUUUUGUCAAAAAUGCCUUUUAAGUUUUUAUAAUUUUCGGGAAUUUGCUGAAAAAGUAGAUUCAAAAUUAAGAGAAAUAGUACUCAGUAAUGAUGAGUCAAAACUGUACAUAAAUAUUGAAAUGGAAAAAGACUUGAAAGUUGACAUCAAGGAUGAAAAUGAGUCUGAUGGAGAUUACUUUGUUAUGUUUGAACCUAAAAUUGAAAUGAAACAAGAAGACAUCUCAACAUUAGCUACAGAUGAAAAUAAAAAUUCUAAUAAGUGUAACAAUAAUAAAUCUAAAUGUAAAGAAAGAUCUGAGAAAAAGAAAUAUUGUUGCGAUUAUUGCAAUAAAUCAUUUGUAAAGCUAUCAAGAUUAGAAUACCAUCUACAAAGGCAUAAAGCUGAUAACUGUGCACAAAAUAAUAUAAAAAGUGAUAAACAAAUUUCACCUUUAACUAAUAAUGACAUGAAUACAAAUAGUGAAAUUAAUGAGCAAACAGCAGGUGAAGUUGUUCAAUGUAGUAUGUGCCCUUCAAAGUUUAAAUCUGUGAACUCUCUAUCGGCUCAUAUGAGAAAACAUACAGAAAAAGGCAGAGUAAUAGCUUGUAGUAAAUGUGGUAAGGUUUUUAAAAAAGUAAGCCAUUUGAAACGUCAUGAAAAAACUCAUGAGAAUAGUCGGAAAUAUAAAUGUUCUAUUUGUCCAAGAUCUUUUCAAAGUGAAGAAACUUUAAAGGGUCAUAUGAAUAGGCAUAAUGGGAUAAAACCUCAUUCAUGUCCAUUAUGUCCUAAAUCAUUUGCACAUUUAACAACAUUAACAGCUCAUAUUAAAGUUCAUCAAAGAGAUAAGUUUUUAUGUCCCACAUGUGGGAAAAAAUUUGAUUCUAGUACUAAUUUAGAUCAACAUAUGAGACGGCAUUUAGGGUUAAAGCAGUUUGAAUGUACAAUGUGUCCAAGGAAAUUUGUUAGUAAAGGUGAAUUAAAAUCACAUACAAUCACACAUACGGGGGAAAAAUCUUAUACUUGUGAUCAGUGCGGAGCGUCGUUUACAAAACGAACGUCGUUAGUGAAGCAUAAGUUACGACAUUUAGGAAUUAAACCAUAUCAAUGUGAAACCUGUUCUAUGAAAUUUUCAAGUAGGGAUCAUUUAAAACGUCAUAAUCGUAUUCACACUGGUGAGAAACCGUACAAAUGCGAUAUGUGUGAAAGGGCCUUUACACAAAGUAAUGAUCUUGUCAAACAUCGUAGAGCGCAUUUAGGUGACAAAAUUUAUAAAUGUACAGAAUGCACAGAAAGUUUUCGACUUCAUAUUGAAUUAAGACAACAUAUAUCUGAACAUUUUAUUUCAUCACAACUCCGAGCUAUGAACAUUCCAAACAAAGAAAAAGACGAAAAAAACUUAAAUGAUAUCAAAAUGACAGAUGACAUCGACGCACAGACUAAUAAUUCACAUAUAAUUGAAAAA